AUGGCUCCCAUCACCAAGACUCUCGCCCUUGCUGGCGCCCUCUUUGCCCUCACCGGUAUCGCUGCUCCCGUCGAGAAGCGCGCUGUUGUUUGGGAGACUGUCACCGACGUUGUCUGGACUACUGUCGAUGUCACCACCACCAUCUACCCGAACCAGGGUAAGCCCACUGCCACCGCGACUGUCGUCGCUGUGACCACCCCGGUUGCUGCCGUUGAGACUACCUCCUCCGCCGCUCCUGUCGAGGAGGAGGCUAAGGCUGCCCCGACCACCUCCACCACUGAGGCCCCUGCCCCUGUCGCUCAGCCCACCGAGAAGGCCACUGUCCAGGCCCAGAACGCUGCUGCCGCUCCCGCCGUCGAGUCUUCUUCUUCGUCCUCCUCUUCAACCACCACCACUGCUGCCGCUGCCGUUCAGACCGCUCAGCGCUCCACCGACACCAGCUCCACCGGUACCAGCUCCAGCUCUGGCGCCACGCACAGUGGCCAGGCGACCUAUUACGACACCGCUACCCUCGCCAGCAACCCCAGCUCUUGCGGCACUACCAACGAUGGUGAGACCGAGGCCGUCCUUGCCCUGCCCGUUGGUCUCAUGACCGAUAGCGACUGUGGCAAGACCGUCACCAUCUCGUACCUCGGUACCACAACGACCGGCACGUGCAUGGGCUGUGACGACGGUUCCAUUGAUCUGUCCCGCAAGCUCUUCGGCGAACUCGCCAAUCUCUCCGCGGGCCGUCUCGACAAGGUCACCUGGUCCAUCAACAACUAA